CGUCCUCUAGUUUCUCGGGUCGAAAAAAUCGAUUUUUUUUUUUUUUCAUAAAUCACAUCUACAACAUGUGUAGAAAAUGUGUGCCAAAGGAUUUUUCGAUAUUCGAAGUGGUUCACAAGUUACGGCCCUGGAACGGAGCAGGAGCGCGCGCCAGGCUGCUCCGAAAGCCGAGCAGCGCUGACCAUUGUAUUGAUAUCCCUAAAUCUAACUGCUACCUGAACCUUUUGUGAAUUAGGCCCGAGUAAAGGGGAGCCGAGACCGUUGACAGACGCUUUCGAAUAUUGACUAAGACGCCGUGAAGUUUUAGUUCAGUUUUGCUGUGGCAGUUGCGAAGCGUACUAUAUUUUCUCUUGCGAGUCGCACGUAGCUGAUUUUUUGAAAAUAAUUUUCAAAAUGUUCAAGAAAGGAAGUAGAGACGCCCCGGCUCGUUACGAUCGACCUAAAAAGCGAAAAUUCGCAGGCAACCGACACACUUUUGAACAAGACAAGUCGUUUACAUCGGCGUCAGCGACGAAACUUCGUCAAAAUAAACAUUUUGAAGUGACCGUUGAACAGACUGUUUUGUAUUGUAUUUUGAAUUUUGUGAGUGUAUUUUCAACCAUUUCUUCGGCUGUUAUUUGUAAAGAGUGCAAAAGUACGGUGACUUUCCAUCAACGUGAUAUACGAGGAUUGGGCUUUAAAAUUUCUAUGGCGUGCAAGUGUGAGAAAGAAAAAGAAAUAGAUUCAUGCCCAAAAAUCUGGACUUUUGCUCCGAAGCACCUCCAUUCUGGGCCAAAAGUGGUUGAAAUCGCCACGUUUCUCGCUGUCAUAAUCUUCAACGCAGAAUUCGAAGCUAUCCUGAAGACCUUGGAAACCAUGGGAGUGAAAAUCGGCCCACAAGCUAAAGGAUAUGUUCAACAGCGUGAUAGCUUUCGGAUCGACCGUUCAGAAAGGCGCACGAGCGAUGUUGUAAAACAGGCCCGAAUCGCGAAAAGAGAAGACAGAGCAGCUCUGCGUGACUUCCAAAAAGAAGAGGAAGGCCUAUUGUAUGGUCCAGGCAUAGCAGAUUGACGGUGAGAUGAAAUUUUUAGUAUAAAUCACAUGCGCGAACUUUCAAACGCGUUUUUCUCGAAACACCAUUUUUCGAAACGGUAACCACGAUAUUUCAGAAACUAUUGCACCGAUCUUGUUCAAAUUUAUACAGCAUCUUUAAUAUGUUAUAA